AUGGACAGGCGCGGAAGUGUGGAGGAGUCGCUGAGCGGACUCCCAUCGCCCAGUCCACGUGACCCCCUGCUCAGUCCUGACUCGCACAUGGAUGUACAGGGGUAUAAGUGGGUGCGCUGGCGGGUGUGGUCGUGUCGCCUGGCCGCCUUGCUGACCUUGGGUCUCCUCCUGAUUGUGUUUCGCUGGCGCCCGAGGCUCGCCGUCCUCGCCCGCUGCCGCUCCUGUCCUCUGGCUCUGGCUGAUAUUCUGCUUCUGAGGGACACGUUUGGCCAGCAGCAUGUUGUGGAGGUGCUUACACAAGAGGUGGAGGAGGGAAGUCUGGAGAUGUUGGGACAGCUGGAAGAGGCUGAGUGGAGAGAUACGGUUCAGCUUUACCGGGAGGAGAAAACACUGGUGCGCUACUACCUGUUUGAAGGGCUGCGCUACAUCUGGCUGGACAGGAGGGGCGCUUUCUGUCGUGUUAGUGUCCUCAGUGAGGACUGGACCUGUAAAGACCUGCACAGCUUCCAGAAGGGGUUGAGUCCCCUGGAACAGAGCUUGAGGAGAAAUAUUUUUGGGGUUAACCUUAUUGAUGUACCUGUGAAGUCUUACACGAGGCUGCUAUUUGAGGAGGUCCUCAACCCAUUCUAUGUAUUCCAGGUGUUCAGCAUCACCCUGUGGGUGAUUGACUCGUAUUAUUUUUACGCCUUAUGUAUAUUUAUUAUAUCCAUUAUUUCCAUCACUAUCUCACUUUAUGAAACCCGAAAGCAAAGCGUCACAUUUCGCAACAUGGCCCGGUUGGUUACAAACGUCACGAUACGCAGAGCCUCAGGAGUGGAGGAGUGCGUUAGCUCCGAGGAGCUGGUCCCGGGUGACUGUCUGAUCGUCCCUCAGGAGGGUCUGCUGCUGCCCUGUGACGCUGCCCUGCUGGCCGGGGAGUGUCUCAUCAAUGAGAGCAUGCUGACGGGUGAAAGUGUCCCGGUGCUGAAAACCCCCCUGCCAGCUGGUGGCAGGACCUACAGCUCCGACACCGAGCGCAGACACACUCUUUUCUGCGGUACUCAGCUCAUUCAGGCCAAAGGCGGAAGGCCAGGUGGCAGCGGGGCUGUUGCAGUGGUCACCAGCACCGGCUUUUUCACAGCCAAAGGGAACCUGGUUAGCUCCAUUUUGUACCCCCAGCCUAUCAACUUCAGAUUUUACCGAGAUGCUGUCAAGUUCUUGCUCAUUCUAGGUUGUGUUGCUAUCAUUGGCACCAUUUACAUUUUUGUGGUCCUCAUGAGAACCAAUGUGACCUGGCUGGAGUUGAUCAUUAGAAGCCUGGACAUUGUAACGAUAGCCGUGCCACCCGCCCUGCCGGCCGCCAUCACCACAGGAGCAAUCUACGCCCAGAGAAGGCUGAAGAGUCGGGGUAUCUUCUGCAUCAGCCCGCCGCGCAUCAACGUCUGUGGGAAGGUUUCUCUGUUCUGCUUCGACAAGACGGGGACGCUGACCGAGGAGGGUCUGGAUGUGUGGGGAGUGAUGGAGGGGGGGCCGGCUGGGUUCUCAGAGCUGGUUCCAGAGCCCGCCCUCCUGCCCCCGGGUCCUCUGCAGACCGGCCUGGCCUGCUGUCACACCGUCACGCUGCUGCACGGCCAGCCCCUCGGAGACCCGCUGGAGCUCAAGAUGGUCGAAUCUACUGGCUGGAGUCUACAGGAGCCAGAGGGAGAUGGAAAUGCCUUGGAUGCAGAAUUUGGAGGGCACAAAGUUUUAGCUGUUAUGAGACCUCCAACUCACCAGCCUCAAUCUCAGGGAACUCACAGCGAAGCAGCGGCCAUUGUUCAGAGGUUUCCGUUCUCCUCGGCCCUGCAGAGGAUGAGCGUGGUCACGGUGGCCCGCGGGGGGCGCUCUGCCCUGGCUUUCAUCAAAGGCUCCCCAGAGAUGGUGGCCAGCCUUUGUCGAGCUGAAACAGUCCCAGCACAGUUCUCCGGCCAGCUGCAUAAAUUCUCCAGUGAAGGCCUCCGGGUUCUUGCCCUGGCCUGUAAACCAGUCGAUUUAAAGUCUGAUUUAAGGACCAUGGAACGCGGCGAGGUGGAGACGGACAUGCAGUUCCUGGGUCUGCUGAUGCUGAAGAACCUGGUGAAGCCUGAGAGCGCGGGCGUCAUCAGCGUCCUGAGAAUGGCGCACAUUCGCUGCGUGAUGGUCACCGGGGACAACAUUCUGACCGCAGUAAAUGUAGCAAAAAGCUGCGGAAUGGUGGGAUCUGAUGAAAGGGUGAUUUUCGUCACGGCGACGCCCCGCUCUGCCCUGUCUAUGCCCACCCUGAGGUUCAGCAUGGAGGACGGGGGGGCCGGUGCUGCCCAAAGCUCCACAGAUGACGCCACGCGGGGUCUGUAUCAGGGGGGUUUUGGGCAUCAUUUGGCUAUUAGUGGGAAGUCCUUUGCUGCCCUCUGUGAGCACUUCCCCGAGUAUCUUCCAAAGGUUUUGAUGCAAGCCACUGUGUUCGCACGCAUGGCCCCAGACCAGAAAACCCAGCUGGUGAAAGAGCUGCAGAAACUUAAUUAUCGAGUGGGCAUGUGUGGGGACGGAGCCAACGACUGCGGGGCCCUGAGAGCGGCCGAUGCCGGGGUGUCCCUGUCCGAGGCCGAGGCUUCCGUCGCCUCGCCGUUCACCUCCAGGACGGACAACAUCAGCUGCGUGCCCUUACUCAUCAGAGAGGGCCGGUGCUCUCUGGUCACCUCCUUCAGUCUCUUCCGGUACAUGGCGCUGUACAGCCUCGUUCAGUUCUGCUCCGUCCUCAUCCUGAACACGGUGAGGACGAGCAUAGCCGACUUACAGUUCCUGCUUUGUGACCUCGUUUUGGUGACGCUGCUGGCCAUCGUGAUGGGCAGAGGAGGCCCCAGUGAUGAGCUUCACCCCUGCAGACCUCCAGCCAGUCUGCUGGCGCUGCCCGUCUUUGGCAGCCUCUUUAUCCACACGUUUAUGGUCGUUCUUGGUCAGCUGGCUGCGUUCUUCAUCACGACUAGCCAGGAAUGGUAUAAGCCACUCAAUUCCACAGUAUUCGGAGCAGCCAACCUGCCCAACAUGGAGAACACCUGUGUGUUUGACUUGUCGGGUUUCCAGUACAUUAUCAUGGCAGUGGUGGUCACCAAAAGCUAUCCUCACAAGAAACCUCUCUACCACAACGUGGUCUUCCUUUGUGUGCUGUUCAUCCACUUUGGCAUAAUGAUCUGGCUGGCGCUGUAUCCAGGCCCUUUCUUUAGCCGAUUCCUCCAGAUCUACAACAUCCCUGAUAUGAACUUUAAAAUGCUGCUCGUGGCUCUGGCUGCUCUCAACCUCCUGGUGUGUUUCGUUGUGGAGAUGCUCAUAGAUUUUGGCAUUUUGAACUGCUUACGGUGGCUUCGUGGGAGGCGACCGUCCAAGAAACAGUACAAACGUCUGAAGGUCCUUCUGUCUGACUCCACGUCGUGGCCCCCCCUCAAUCAAACCCUGUUCCCCACAGACCACACAGCCAUAUCCUUCAGCUAG